UGUGUGACAUUUUCAAAAGCAUUCAAAAAUAUUGCAGGGAUGAUUUAUGAUGAACUGGGAGAGACACCUCAAUAUAACGCAAAGAAAGCAAGUGGAUGAGGUCCCGAAUGGAUCCAAACUGUCCAAUAGGUGCGCGCGCAAACUGAACGAGGUUCAGUAGUCUUGAGGCAACCGGUACACACAUACAGUGUAGCGUAGAGGAGAUGCAACUUUAUAGUCCCUUUUAUUAUGACAGCAACAAGUGGAGGCGGUGCGCUGGCGAAGUGAGUUAUACCUCCUGCGCUCAUUCUAUGUUCGGUCCCUCUCCACUCGAUACUGAUUCGUUUGUUGGUUUGCAUGUUACUUUACGUCGAUGGAGCAACGGUACAACCCUGACUGGACCAUACUCUCAUUCUGAAAACAAAUCGGGAGAAAAAGACAAAAUUCCUUGCCUUCAGAGGACUGAGUGAUAGGCUGUCCUGAAACUUGUGCUACAGUAUGUCUGGAUCAAAAUGAUAUGCCCACUGCUUUCCUCUUCUGUCUAGUUGGAACCCAUCUUUUGUAUUCCUCCAGACUGUCCUUGGUCAAACUACAGUCACUUCACUGGACUCUAAUGGAUGGAUAUAUGGGGAUGAAGAUAGAGAGUUAUUAAUCUGGUACAGGAUCAAAUGAUAUGUAUAUGAGUAGCUGCUAUGUACCAUCAAUAAUCAUUGAAACCUGUUCGGGAACCGCAGGGUUAGUCAGAUAUUUUACCGGCUGGGCUAAUGGGGCCUCCUCAGCCAGAUUGGCAAGCCCUGUCCCCUUCUUCUUUCUGUGUCUCCACUUCCCCCGUGAGGACGUUGUGUCUCGUGGCGGCCCUCAUGGUUGUCAUGGUGACACCAUGCCCCAAGAGCUGCCACUGCUCGGAGAGGAACGGCAUGGUGGUGCAGUGCGUCUCCCGGAGCCUUGACCAGAUCCCCUCGGACCUACCGGAAGACACCGUCACCCUCCUGCUCUCAUCCAACCGGAUCAGCCACAUCCCCAACCAGGCCUUCAAGGACCUCCGCCGCCUCAAGGAGCUGGACCUGUCGCAUAACCACAUCGAGAGUAUCGACGCAGGGGCCUUCCUGGGGGUCUCCGAGGGACUCCGCUCCCUGGACCUCUCCAACAACCAGCUCCGCAGCGUCCCCAAGGAGGCCUUCACCAAGCUGAGUGCCCGUAUAAGACUCUCCAACAACCCCUGGCACUGCGAGUGUUCCCUCCAGGAGGUACUGAGGGAGCUGAGGCUGGACCCUGAGACGGUCAAUGAGGUGAGCUGCCACACCUCUGUCCAGGACGAGUACGCCGGCCGGCCCGUCAUUCAGGUCCUGGACUCUGGCAUCAACUUCUGUAACUUCCACCACAAGACCACCGACGUGGCCAUGUUCGUGACCAUGUUCUGCUGGUUCGCCAUGGUGAUCACCUACGUCAUCUACUACGUCAGGCACAACCAGGAGGAUGCAAGGAGACACAUGGAGUACCUCAAGUCUCUACCCAGCUCCUCCCAGACCAGCAAGGACUUUGACACAGCCAGCACUGUGCUCUAGCAGUGGUCUAUGUGUGGUGGCAGUGACAGCGGUGGGGGUUCUUACAUGUCCAUGGGAUAGUAAACACAGUGGCACACUUGCAAGGUGUAUGUAACUAUUUUGAAUGUGAAGACGGGCCUCUGGACGAGCCACUGGACUGCACCUGCCCGUCUGCACGUGCCUGACCGGCUCGCAGUGGGCCUCGGGUUCGUCAGUGCAAUCAACGUGCCCCUUUUUGUGUCUAAUGUUUAUGAAGUCAUGGGCUCAAUACCUUUUGAGAUUUCUGACUCAAUUCCGACCUACUUUUUUGUCGACUGUUUUUAUUGUAUUUAUUGUUUAUUGGAAAGGAACAUGACCUCUGUUCCUCAUCGUCAUAUGUUUUCCCAACAGUAGGAUUUAAUGAGAAAGAUAUUGUAUAAGUCUCUGUGAGUGUCUCCAUAUUGAUUUGGUUGUUGUGAUUGGUUGCAGUGCUAUACAGUACUAUUGAUCUAGUCAUUAUGAUUGGCUGUUACACUGGACUGAAUGUCCAUCUUGUGUCUUCAAGUGCCUAGAAACAGUAAACAGUAACUCAACCAAGGCACUGUGAAAGCAAAUGUCGAACUACAAAAUCCCUUAAAAGCUAGAAUCCUUACCCACUGGGCACAGAUGUCAUUUCAAUGUCUAGUUUGUCUAGUUUGCUUCAAUGUUUGCAAACAAGGUAAAUGUAAACAAAUACUGUAUAGCUUUAAAACAUGGUUAAAACUGUCGUUUGUUUGAUUAUGUCCAUAGCUAUGUCUAUGAAUUUGACAGUGGUUCCAUUUCUCCAGGCUUUUUACUAAACAGAGGGGUACCACUUUGUUAUUGAUUUAGCUGAAGAUUCUAGCUUUAAUAUGUCGUGUUAAAUAUUUUAGUUGUUGUCAAGGGUGUUAUGAAUCAUUUACCAUUACUCAUUUUGGCAAUCAAUGUGAUGCCACUUUCAGGACAUAAAUCUUUAAAUAUUCAUAUCGGAUUUAGUUCCCAAACUGUCAAACACCCUUCUACAGACGUUGAUUGAUGCUGAUGUUGCGUCAGAGAGUCUAUGAUGACCAACAGUUGGAAGUAGUCUAUACUUCCUCAGUAGUGUAUGUGUUCUGUAUUGUUUUGUCUCUAUUGGUUUGUAUGUUUGUCCCUUUAAUGGUAUGGGGUGUAGUUUAUGUUUAGGAGAGAGAAACUAAUGAAAGGAAAGUGAGAAAAGGAGACAUUCUAUUGUUUUAUUGAGACUUGUGUUGAAACGGAGAAACGUUGACCAUGAAAACUGUCUUUGUCUGUCGUGUAGCCCCAGGGAUAUGUCUUGAUCUUGUUGCGCUCGUCUCUGUUUCUAAUUAUUCUUAGCAAAAUGGUUGUGAAUCAAGCGUUGUAAUUUUUAUAUCUGAAAUAAAAAG